AUGACAGACAUUGUAGGACAACCUCCGUUGAUGCCCUCAAAUGGACACGCGACAGCCCCGACCUUCAACCCAGAACAGCCGAGGACGCUCAAAAGGUUCUUUAGAAAUCUCGAGGAGCUAUUCGACAAAUGCGAAGUAACGACCGAGUCCGCCAAAAAGGCGAAAGUCGUCUACUACCCGCCGAUCGACACAGCCGACCUUUGGGAGACUCUACCAGCAUAUGUGAAUCCGCUGGCGACCUACAACGACUUCAAAAAGCAGAUCCGAGACCUAUACCCAGGGUGCGAGGACGACCAAAAGUUCUCAAUUGCCGACCUCGAUCAACUCAUUGGAGAGCAUGCUCGAAACGGAGUAAAGUCCGCUGUCAAUUUAGGAAACUUUUAUCGCGAUUUCAUUGUGAUCACUACUCACCUUAUUGCCAAGCAGCGACUCUUGACUAUCCAGCAGAGCGAAGCAUACAUUAAGGUCUUCCCAGCAUCUCCACGCGGCAGUGCAAUUCGUGCUUCAUGGGACAGCCAGUCAAGCGGCGACUACGAAGGCGACGACGAGUUCGAACUCGACGAUAAAAACCGAAGACCUCCAAUACAUUAUGGACGUCUGGUCGAAGACAAUGCAACCCCUUCUCCAUUUUUUGGCUCACACUCCGACCCCGCAGCAGGCAUCGAGCACCUCGACGACUGUCGCGCCGUCAACUCAAGCGACCCAGGACGGAGGACCGCAGUACUGCCAUUAUUGCGGCAAUACAUGCAGGCUGGAAAGGUGAAAAAGAACACCAAAGGGAAGGUCGUGCUUUCGACAGGUAGCUUUGUGCCUCAAAGCAUUCCGGGCGUCACGAUUCGCGAUCGAGUAUACGAAUGGCAUCGCCGAAAUAUCCCGGUAAAUCCCGCGCUGCCAACGUCUUUGCUGAUGUUUGAGAUUAGCAGCGCCCCGACCAUGGCUACUUAUUCUCUAAAUACUACAGACAGGAUUGCCGCGCUAGAGAAGGAGUUAUUCCAGCUCAGGAAAAGGAAUGAAGUUUUCAACGGAAUCGAGUUACCUGCGUCGAAGAAACCGAUACAAGGAGUUCCGAAGAUCCUCGUCCGCGAGCCUGAUGAGACCGCUUCAAGGGUAGCUCCUGCAGCGCCGGUCACUCAUGCAGCGGCUCCGAGUUCUUCGACCCAGUCAACAUCGCCCUCGCCACCGUCUUUGCAGCCAGUCGCCUCGACCGAACAUCCGUUCGCAGCAGCCCGUGACACUACUUACACUCCGCCUAACCUUCAAAACUUCGGUGCGGCUCCAAAAGCAAACCCCAACAAGGGGAAGGACCCGUCCUACCGAACGCUCACUCCGGUAUACCGACCCGAGAUGAUCGAGAAAGUAUUCGAAUGA